AUGAAAGUUUUUGCCACCUUAUUGGUUUUGGUUCAUUAUUUUACCAGCUGUGAAGGUUUGACCUGCAAAGCUGCUCCUGUUCCGUUAUUUGCAAACCAGAUUGAUGCUGGUCAAGGGAUGGUUGUUAUGACAGACACAUCCUCCAAUGUCUUCUUCCUGAGUGGAUCAAGUUGGACCAAACUGGGCUCUGUUCCCCUCAAGCAUGUCUCAGUGGGACCUGCAGGAAUCUGGGGAGUCAGCAAUGAUGACCAAGUCUAUAAAUUUUCUGGUGGCGAUUUCUUUCCUGUUUCAGGUCAGAAGUUGAAGCAGUUGGAUGCUGGUGGAGAAGGGCAUGUAGUUGGGGUUACUGACAGCAACAGCAUCCACUGUCUGGAUGCCACUAAUGUCUCACCCACUCAGCAGCAGGGCAGUUUAAACUGGAUUACAGUGCCUGGGUUGCUGAUGCAUUUCAGUUGUGGCCCCAAUACAUGCUGGGGAGUGAACUCCAAUCAAGAUAUCUUCUUCAUAAAAAUCUCACCCAACAGCUGUAGGACAACUGGAUGGACUAAAGUAGACGGAUUAGCAGUAAAGGCAGAAGUUGGGACUGAUGGACGUGUCUUUGUUGUAAAUAAAGGCGGAAACCUCUUUGAAAGAAUUGGUAUCUCGGACAAUACUCCAGGAGGUGUAUAUUGGAAACUCAUUGAAUUCAAGAAGCCCAUAAAAUGCAUGAGUUAUGACGAGGGUCGUCUGUGGCUUGUGACAGAGUGUGAAACCAUCCAAGAGUGCACUCAGUAA